GACGGGGCUUGGGUGGCGACCGUAACUAGGGAGCCCUUGGAGGAGAAAGCGGCGGCAGCUGGAGGCCGGGAGGUGGACGAGGGGUUCACGCGGCGGGAAGACCCCGGCCUUUGAGGACCAGGGUGGGCGCGCUCUAGACAUCUCCAAAGAGAAGAAUGUCAGAUGCAGAGGAAAACCCACUGGAAGAGACAGAAGAAUAUGGAGAAAUAGAAAUGGAAGAAGGAGAAGAUGAAGAAGAAGAAGAAGAAAAAUAUCCAAAUGAUGAAGGGCUAGAAAAUAUGCAACAGGAAUUAAAAGAAGAUAACACAUUAGCAUGGAGAGGGUCUCAGGAGGAGGGGGAAGAGGAGGGGGAGGAAGGGGAGGAGGAAGAGGAAGAAGGAGAAGGGGAGAAGAGAGUGGGGGAGCAAGAGGAGGAAGAGGAAAGGGAGGGAGAGGAAGAGGGGGAAGAAUUUGGGAAGGAGGAGGAGGCUGUCAGAGAAGAAGUAGAGGAGGAAGUUGCAGGAGCACAGGAAGAAACCACAGUGAAGCCCCAAGAAAUCACCAAGUCCAUGAUCAGUUUGGAGAGACUUACACCAACUGAUUCCCAAUCAGUCUUGUCAGGAACACUCCCAAAAACCUAUAGUGGUAGAGAGUCAAAGCAUUCAUUACAAUCAGAGCUUUUGGAAACACUCGAACUUCCAAGAAGCAUGGUCUCACAAUUAGAGUUUCUUGAUUUGGAUCUAACCACUUCUGCGGAACAACACCUUAGUUCCCCUGAAAAGCAGCCUUCAGGCGAGCUUGCAGAGAGAACCGACCAGAGGCCCCAAGAUGAAUUGGGACAAGAAAGGAGAGACUUGCAACCAGAAAGGGGAGACUUGGAGCCAGAAAAGAGAGAAGGGAGAAAAGAAAAAAGAGUAUUAUACGUAAAUGAGAAAAAAGAAAAAGAAUUCCAGCCCAAAGCAAGGAUCCCUAAGGUGUCACUGGUCUCCACUGCCACCGAGGACAUUUUGUUCCAAAAGGAUGACAGUGCCAACGUGUAUCCCUUGACCAUGACCUGGUCGUUCGGAUGGAACAGUUCCCUUCCUGUUUACUACAUUCAAGACGAAAACCAGAGAGUUCUUCUGUAUGCCAGUGCUCACACUGCGGUCAUCUACAAUGUCUUCAAGAAUAACCAGCACCAUCUUCAGGGCCACCCCAACGUCAUCUCCUGCCUCUGCAUCAGCGAAGACAGGCGCUGGGUCGCCACAGCCGACAAAGGGCCCGACUGCCUGAUAAUCAUAUGGGACUGCUUCUCGGGCAUUCCUGUGCACACGAUAUUCGACAGCUGCCCAGAAGGUGACGGCAUCAGGGCCAUGGCCAUCACCCGUGACGCCAAGUACCUGGCGACCAUCUCAGACGCUGAGAUCCAGAAAGUUUGCAUCUGGAGGUGGACUUUAGCGGUGGAAACACCGGCCUGCACUCUUAACCUUCCCAAAGAGUAUGGUUUUCAGAGCUACCUUACUUUUAAUCCAACAAAUAAUAAAGAAUUGGUGAGCAAUAGUAAAACACAAGCAAUAUAUUAUAUGUGGUAUGAAGAGGGAGAUAUACUUGUUCACAGUGCCCCACUUUUAACAGAAAAAACAUUCAACAAGCUCGUGGGAAAAUUUAGCCAGUCAGUCUUUCAUUUGAAUUUAACCCAAAUACUGUCGGCGACACUGGAAGGGAAGCUGGUUGUCUGGGACAUUUACCGCCCACCGCCAUCUGCCUCCACCUCUUCGGGCUUUCCCCACAUCACACCUUGUAAACUGGUUCAUUUGCAGAAGGAGGGUAUCACUGUGCUUACUACAGUUGACAGCUAUAUUGUCACAGGUGACAUUCGGGGUAACAUCAAGUUCUACGAUCACAGCCUGUCCAUUGUGAACUGGUACAGCCACUUCAAACUGAGCUCCAUAAGAAGCCUGUCCUUCUCAAAGACCCCGGCAACUCCUCCGACCGAAAAUACAAACUAUCCUCCAGACUGCACUUUAAAAGGUGACCUUUUUAUUGUAAGGAAUUUUAUCAUUGGAACGUCGGAUGCGUCAGUGUACCACUUAACAGCAGACGGGACCAAACUUGAGAAGUUAUUUGUAGAGCCCAAGGAUGCCAUUUGUGCCAUCUCCUGCCACCCGUACCAACCCCUCAUUGCCAUCGGGAGUUUCUGUGGGAUGAUCAAAGUGUGGGAUUAUGAACAGAAAAAAUACCUCUUCAGCAGGAUCUUUGAGAAGGGGCUUGGAGUCCAGAGUCUGACCUACAACCCCGAAGGAGCUCUCCUCGGAGCUGGCUUCACAGAAGGGACUGUUUACAUUCUUGAUGCAAUGUCCUUAGAAAGUGAAAUCCCAGAGCCUUUCAAAUAUUCCAGAACCAGUGUGACUCACGUCAGCUUCUCCCAUGACUCCCAGUAUAUGGCGACCGCUGAUGUAAGUUUCACCGUGGCCAUUUACAUGGUGAGAGUCAAAAAUGGACGAAGGGUCUGGGAGUAUUUGGCAAGACUUCGUUCUCAUCGCAAGAGCAUUCGAAGUGUCCUGUUCGGGGUUCAUCUGGACAGCAAUGAGCCGAGACUGCUGAGCCUCGGGAGAGACAGACUCUUGAUCGAGUAUAAUCUACUCAAGAGCUACAAAGACCACCUGGAAGUCCUGGACAUUCACCGAACUGACCAGGGCAACUACCCCACCUGUAUGGUCUGGUACCCGCCACUUACCAAGGAGCUCUUCCUGCUCAUUUGCAACAGUGGCUACAAAGUGAAGCUUUUUAAUUCAACCACAAAAAUGUGCAGAAAGACACUCCUCGGGCCAGUUUACGGAUCUCCCAUUGAGCAGAUACAAAUCCUCCCAGUGAAAACCCCUCUGGAACUUCAGAAACGCUACAUGGUGUUUGUUAACAGGGACAAGGUUGGACUUCAGAUCUUACCAGUUGAUGGCAACCCACAUAAGACAUCUGCUCUUAUAUGCCACCCCAGCGGGGUGGCUGGAAUGGAUGUUUCCUAUGACGGCCGCUACGCCUUCACAGCAGGAGGGCAGGACCGGACGGUGGUGCAGUGGGAAAUCAAUUUAAGUGCCCUGGAGGCAGCAGUUUCUCUUGGGGGCGAAGACCUGACCCCAUUCUAUGGUCUGGUGUCUGGUGGCAGGGAAGGAAAAUUCUACAGGGAGCUGGAAGACUAUUUUUACUAUUCUCAGCUCCGUAGUCAAGGUAUUGAUACAAUGGAGACCAGAAAGGUGUCGGAACACAUCUGCCUGUCGGAGCUUCCUUUUGUCAUGAGAGCAAUUGGCUUUUACCCAUCGGAAGAGAAGAUUGAAGAUAUGUUUAACGAAAUCAGAUUUAGUGAGUAUGUGGACACUCGAAAACUAAUUGACAAAAUCAACCUACCGGAUUUCUUCAGAGUUUACCUUAAUCACAGGCCACCCUUCGGUAACACCAUGAGUGGCAUCCAGCGGAGCUUUGACAUUCUUGGUUUUACCAACUCAAAGGGAAAGAAAGCUAUUCGAAGAGAGGAUUUUCUGAAACUGCUUCAAACCAAAGGUGAGCACAUGACGGAAGAGGAGAUGUCUGACUGCUUCGCUACACUGUUUGGACUGAAUCCUGAGGGCUGGAAAUCCGAGCCCGCAGCCUCUUCUGUCAAAGGUUCAGAAAUUUGCUUUGAAGAAGAACUUCCAGAUGAAAUCACUGCAGAAAUAUUCACGACUCAAAUUCUUGGCCUAACCAUUUCCCAAGAUUCUGGACAAGAUCCUACGGUCAGUGAAGUUGAAAGGAGUGCCUGAAGCACAAAGGACUUUGUGUGUGUGUGUUUUUUCCAAGAGGCACUGCUUUUCCCGCAUUUCCCUACCCCUACUCUAAUCUUCAGAACGUUUAGACAUUAAAAGCAAAUUUCUGUUAAGCCAUGGAAUUCACAAAGUUGGACAUUCCACUGUUUCUGAAAUAGAAAAGUGGGUGGAGGCAAGAAAAACACUGGCAGCUGGAUGGAAAGGGUGGCUGGAGACCCCGGCCGCCAUUCUCAUGCCUAAUCCACGGCAGUGCUGCCUGGAGGGGGUUUGGACAGGACGAGAAGGUGGCGUGGUCCCCGGGGGCAGAGGGGGCCUCAGCCAGCAGCAGGCCUUCCUCGUGGCAAGUGUGGCCUUAUUUCUAUCCCCUCAAGCGGCACCUGGACCCUUAGCCUAAUGCGGCCUGAUAUGGCUCAUCCCAGCCUGCUCUUAGGCUGGGGCGGGGGCGUUGGGUGCCCUGGGCUCCCGAGAGCCCCGGCUUGUGGCUUCUUAUCAGCAAAACCCCUGAGCAGUUGUGUGCGGCCGUUAUGAAGAGCAUCACUGGCCAUGCUUAACGCCGGUGGCACCUGCCAGAGAGAAUGCAGCAGAGCAGCCCCCGAGCCCCGUGUGUACUGCAGCUGGACCAGAACCCGCCGGCCGGCCUCCCCGGGGCAGAGCUCAGCGGACGGGAGCCGCCCCCUCACACCGCGCACGCGCUGCACAGGCCCGUGUGGUUGAUCCGCAGCCUUGGACUCCGCUGGGCUGCAGAACGCGUAGCAGGCGAAAGCGGUUCCCCGGCUCGGGAUGUGGAGGGAACGUGACUAAGGCUUCAGCAGCAUUCUGACCUUGAAGAUAGGGCACCCUCGUCGUAUAAACAGAUGGAAGUUAUGGUCUGAUUUUAAGAGUUUUGUCCUCAGUUAUGAGGUCUCGCUCAGGCAAAUGGGCCGAAGGUUAUUCUCCACACGUGCUUAGUCCGACACACCCGCCCGCCACUACCAGCUCCUUCCCCGGGGAAACCAGCCUUUGAGAUGAUGUUUCUGACCCCCGGAGCAGUGGUCCGUGUGAGGGAAGCAGAGCGGCCGCCGCGCCCUCCUCCAGGCCCAGAGCCCCCUGCGUGGCGGCCGUUUGGAAACCUGGCUCUGUGGGUCCUUGGGACAGCCCGGAGCACGGAACCGAGCCGUAUCCGCGACCCAGGCUGUGUCACCGCAGCCUUGGGACAGCCGGUGCCCGCUCGUCACGCUGUAUACCUCCAGCGCUUUGCAACCUGGUUUACAUUUGGUUCUUUUUGAAAAACACAAAAAGAAAAAAAGCUUUGUGAAUCAACUUUGCAGCUGCUAAGGGUUUAGGAGAGACAGACUACCAAGCCAGUUACAAAGUUCCCGGGGACAUUUUAGGGAACAGAAAACUCUCAAGUGACUUGUUCUCUUCAAAAAAUAACUCAGAAUUGGAUGCUCUCUGGACACCCACCAGGGGCUUCUUUUAUCGGGUCCGGUUCCCUCUUUUUUGGUUCUUGUUGGCGACAUAUAUUGGAGUCAUUGUCUGGAGCAGAACCGGCCCGUGACCAGUUGGACCCGCGGUGGCCGGGCUGGGGAGCGGGAACCGCCCUCAGGCCCGGGCUGAGCCGCUCCCUCUGCGCUGAGUCGGUCCGGGGAGGGGGAGGUCCUGUU